AUGAGGGAGCAAGUGGAGCAAAUUAUGGCCAUGUAUGAGGAGGUUAGUCUCAAGGAUAAAGAUCGAGAAGAACCUAAGCUGGGAGCCAACAUCCCUUUAUGUCUACAUCCUAUCCAUGCAGAUAAUGAGCCCGCGACGCGCUCCAUCCAUUCCAAUAUUCAAACUCGUGUUACUUUCAUCAAUAGACUUCCUGACCAUGUACAAUUGUGGUGGAGAGAUUUCGAAGGGAAACGCGUAUCCUAUGGUACUGUUGGACCGAAUGGAGAUACGAAAGAGAUGAUCACCUAUGUUACUCACCCAUGGGUCAUAACGAAUGAAACAACCGGAGCGGCCAUAGGAAUUUGGCACCCAGCUCCGAGACGUGCUCAAUCUCUGGUGUCAGAUCAUAGGGAUGCUCCGGAAGUGGACGUUGGCGUUAUAAAAUGUGUAGAUAUCAUUGCCAAUGGAUCACCCCCCUCGAAAGAGCGACUGCCCGUCCCCCUGAUUCCUGUACACCCCUGCCCUCGUAAUUCCUGUUGCUCCUCUUGCGCAUCAACAACCAUUGAAUCACGGGACAUGUAUGCCGACCGAACUUUUAUUCAGACGGGUCUUGAGGAGACACUUUCAACAUUUUGGAAUGAAUAUACAAACACCCUGAGUACCAAGAGUUCUAUUUUUAUCGCGACUCAUCCUCGGAAUCCACUUCGAAUCGCCUAUAUAAACGAUGAAGGAGCCCUCACUGGCGUCAUCAGAACCCUUCAUCCCGGUCAGGCGAAUCACGAUACAAUGAGCACCUCUUCCCGUCGACUUAAACCCCGCGCUGGGAACUUUCGUAUCGAUUUCAUCAAUAAUAAUGUCACCUUUGCGGUGACGGGUAGACUUGCUGCUGGAAGUGGACUCACGAUGAGCGCCCCAGAUUCCGCAAACCAUUCCCAAGUGUUCACCCAAGCAGGAAACUAUAUCCAAUCGGCAUAUUCUGGUUACUACACCGCUCCGAACAAUGGUUUAUCUCAGCCAGGGCAGGCAGUCGUAUAUGCAACAUCCGGUUAUAAAUGGUUCUUUGAGGCAGUCCCUGGAGACACGCUAAAUAGGGUUUAUAUCAGGGAUGCCAACGGGUCAGGUUACGCCUGGUCGGUCUCUGGCUCAAAU